AUGUCGCAAUCCUCCGAGAAGCUCAUUGGUUACUAUACCCAUCUCAACUUGCCCCGUCAUGAGGAGGCUCUAUGGCAUCUGACGACGAUCGCUUCACUUGUAAAGCCUAUCAUGCGGGCCCAUGGGUGGAAGCUCGGGAUGCUUUCCGAGAUGUAUCCCGAGGAUGAAGUACUGCUAGGCGAAAACCUCAACCGUGAACAGAUCCUCGUCCGUCUCCGGGAGCCCAGGGACCGCAACGAGUUUCUCCCCCUCGACAAGAUGGUGAACACCAUGCUGCAUGAACUGUCUCAUAUGCAGUGCUGGGGCCAUGACGACAUCUUCUACGAUAUGUGGGACAGCCUUCGCCUAGAGUUCGAUCGCUUGUUGCGGAGUGGAUACACAGGCAAAGUUGCACUGGGUAUAGGUCGACCAGGCGGCGGACCAGGGAGCGAGGACUUGCCAUCUUACGGCGCACUUGAACCUCGCGGGCCCGGGUUUCCAAGUGGCAACCGAAGCGGCGCUGCGCCAUCCACUCUUCCCGACUCCUUACUCGCGCCCAGCUUUCGCAACUCCUUCAGCCAGUCCAUCUCGCGAGGGGCCAGCACCGCUGACAUUGACUGCCACAACGGCGGAAAGUUGGGGCGCGAGCUCCAGACACUAAUGGAGAGGUGGACUAAGGAAAAAUUCAAGACAUGGGCCGAAGAAAGCAGCGCGAAAGACGCAGCCGCCUUGAAGGCACUGUGGGAUCUUUUGACCAGGGACUCGCGCGGGGGCUACGGCCCUGGCAGCAGCCGCCGAGUUGGCGGUAGCAGCAGUUUCCUUCCCUCACAGGAUCUCCUUUCCGCUUCGAGGGACACUUUUAGCGCCUCCAGAAACGCGCUUGUCCCUUCUAGAGACACGUUUGCCGCCUCCCUAGACCCCUUUCCUACCCCCAAACGCAUUCCUAGUACCACCGGGCGGGACCCCUUCGAUGGAUUUAGCGACGAUCUUUUGGAGAAUUUUCGCACCAAGAGGCCGCCACCACAGCUCAAAACUUACUGA